GACGGCCAAUCCCGUGAUGUGUAUCUGAGUGCAAUGCUGUCGCCCAUCUUCUAUAGGACCAAACUACGUUUCUUUAAAAACAUUAACCGACAGACAUCAGUUAACAUCAUCGCACGAAACAGCUUGUACGGGAGGUGAUUCUCUUUUAAAGCGGCUAAUCGUUAGCGGACUUUUGUAGAUAUGGCGCGUACUAAGCAAACCGCUCGUAAAUCCACUGGAGGUAAAGCUCCUAGAAAACAACUUGCAACCAAAGCUGCGCGUAAAAGCGCACCUUCUACGGGUGGUGUAAAGAAACCUCAUCGUUACAGGCCUGGUACUGUGGCGCUGAGAGAAAUCAGAAGAUAUCAGAAGUCCACUGAAUUAUUGAUUAGAAAAUUGCCAUUCCAGCGACUGGUUCGUGAAAUUGCACAGGAUUUCAAAACCGAUCUGCGUUUCCAGAGUGCAGCGAUUGGAGCUUUACAAGAAGCUUCGGAAGCUUAUUUGGUCGGGUUGUUCGAAGACACAAACUUGUGUGCAAUUCAUGCAAAACGUGUCACAAUUAUGCCUAAAGAUAUUCAGCUAGCGAGACGAAUUCGCGGUGAACGUGCUUAAGCAUUCUAUAACUCAGAAUUUUUAACUGUUUCUUUAAUCAAGUUCAUUCUUGUCACAUUUUUGGACGUUCUCACACGCUAUCAAAUUCAUUAUAGUUGUGUUGUUUUCAUAAAUCAUUACUCUAAUUGACACUGCCAAGCUCUUUGAAAGAUAGGAUGCGGGAGAUAAAGUAUAUCUAUUAAAUAUAUUUCGUAGGAUAGUCGAACAUGUUUAUGAUUUAGUAAUAGAGAAAUAGAAAAAGGCACAGAUCAGAGUAUGUAGUUCAUAACAGAUAGUAAGAACACUUUGCGUAAUUAAUACUUUCUCUUUGUAUAUUGCAAUAAGUAAAAUGGGUGACAUGAAAGCAAUUAAAUGUAUGUAGAAUUAAUAUAUUUGCAGAAGAAGUUAGUUACUCUCACUACUGUGUUUCCUUUAUCAUUAGUACUGUUCUUUUUAUUAUUGAAUGAACUUAUUUUACAAUAGACUGAAUUUAAAGUGUUUUGUAAAAUGAAUCUCACGUUUAAGUAGAUCCAAAUAACACUAUACCACUUCGUACUAGAAACUAGGAAAUUAUAAUGUUAUAGAAUUAUAUACUAAAAGUGCCGUAGACUUAUUCGUCGUAGUUGUAUUUGCAUUGUCGAAGUAUCAGAAUUGGUUUGCAUUUAUAUUUCAUGUCACAUUUUAUUUGAAUUAAAGAAUCUGUGACCAUGAAAGUAUAGAUCAAUCUCGAUUAAUGUGUUAUUAUUUUAGUAAGUAUAAUAAUAAGAGUAAUCAAUAGUUUACAGCCUUUUUUAAUUGAUGUAUAGAAAUUUGUAAUAAACGUAACUUGAAUUCAUAA